AUGGCUACCGGAUAUGAUCGCGACAAAUAUGUGUAUCACUCUAAACAACAGUUACCUGAUGCCUCUGCCAAAAACGCUAGUUCAGAUGGAAAGCAUGGAGUGUGGAAAAGGAAGCCGCGGACAGCGCCUUCAAUCAAAUUCCCUGAGGAUGACGAUGUCUUCGACAACUCCGAUACCGAUGAGGAUGCAAACUUCCCACACUCCAGAUCCACCAAACCGCGGGGAGCUGGUAACGCAAGAGGGGAUCGCCACCGCGGUCACAGCUUCCGAAACGCAGAGGACAGCUCUCUUUGGAGACAGAGAUCUCCCGGACAGGGAUUUGAUUCGUCGAACUGGAGGAUCCAAGGAGAAAGACAAGAGGAAUCCAGGAAGUUUCGAAGCAGUUCCUACUCUAAAAGCGUUAGCAGCUACCGAGGAAGUACGUCGUUUGCCCCUCGUGUUUCAGAUGGAGAGGAAUUGAACGCAGGCAGUUGGAGAAAUACCAAAUCAUUACAAGAAAAAGGGAAUCGAGCUGACGCUCUGGAAUCUGGAGGCAUCUCCAGGGAUUUCUUCAGGCGACCCGGUAGAGGAGUCGUCAAGGCGAAUUUGGAGGAGGACUUUGAUAUUCCUCGGAGUGAGGAGACCUCAAGCGUUUCCCCGGACGGCCCACAUGCAGCCAGCUGGAGAAAAACGCGGAGACAUAGUCAACAACGUCAAGCAGAUAAUCUGGAUGAAGGCGAAGUUUGCGAAAGCAGAACUAACAUCACACGGGAGUUUUUCAGACGGCCAGCUAAAUCUGUAGCGAGGACCGGACGAAAAGACACCAAGGAUAUGAAGACAGAAGACGAAGAUCUAAUUGACAGCGAUUCAAACUCAGCUUACUACUCUGAUGAUGGGCUCACAAGUCAGCAGCGACAAACGUUUGCUCCCUAUUUGCGAAAGACUGAAAUGAAACACGAGGUCCGUGCGUCUUCCUUCUCAAACUAUGAACUCGAAAGCUUCCUUGAUGAGAAGUCCCAAGACGCACUUCUGAAACUUGUGAGCCAACGGGAGAGAUGCCAGGCCUUGUUUUCUGCGGAUGAACUCGAUGAAAACACUCUGUUGCUAACAGUGCGAGUUUUGUCGUGUAUGAGUCAUUUAGAUCAAGUCUCUGACACGUUAUACACUCGAGAAGUAAAUGUGAUUCUAAGUAUGCUUGAAUUGUCCUCAUUUUUCAGUAAGCACCUUACUAGGUAUCUGGUUGGUUUAUCCUCAAGACAGGCAGAUGAUUGCGAUGAUGCAGACACUGACGGUGUGCGAAGCCUUGCUGCCGAUAUUGAUCUCAUCUUGGAUAUUCUUCAACUAUUCCUCCAACGCAAACCCUUGGCUUGCUCAGAAGUGAGCGUGGUUCUCGUUCUCUUACAGAAGGUAGUGACCACAGCAGCGGUGAACAACGUUGACUUUGACCCACAGGGUUAUCGUAUGGCGAAGGCCUAUCGUCACGUGCUCCUAGGGCUCCAGCAGAUGAACGAAGAGAAUUUUCCCUUCAGGAAAUAUAUCGUUGAUGUCGCCAAACAAGUUCAGCCACCUCAGUAUCUGAAAGUUGAUGAAGAAGUUACAUACGAUCUGAGACCACUACUUACUUGUUCUGAUGAGAAGUCUAAUUCCAACAACCUUGAAGCAAAGCAAAUUGUAGCGGCAGCCUAUGUACCAAUCUUGGAUAGUGAGAGUUGGCCGAAUGCAGAGGUUCUACACCUUGACGACUCCCAGAAAGAUGCCUUGCAAACAGCUCUCACUAGGGAGUUUGCCAUCAUACAAGGACCUCCGGGUACAGGGAAGACAUACAUAGGUUUGAAGAUAGUUGAACUACUUCUAUAUAACACCCCCUGGAGUAACAACCAAACUGAGGAAGUAAAAACUUCACCAAUCCUUGUGGUGUGCUACACAAAUCACGCCCUGGAUCAGUUUCUUGAGGGUAUCAUGGACUUUGGAGAACAGAAGGUAGUUCGUGUUGGAAACCGGAGCUCUAGUGAAAAACUUGAGAAUAAGAGCCUGUCCCGUUUGAGAAAGCAGAGGCCAUCCAAGGAGUAUCGGGAAGAGAAAAGCAGACUCCAACAAAUGAGUAAAGAACUAGCACAACUUGAUGAGGCAAUUCAACGCACACUCCUUAAACUUGAUCUUCCAAACAAGGCUAUCAUUGACGUAAUGGCGCUGAGAGAUUUGAUGAGCCCCGGCAACUUUAGGGACCUCUCUUCAAAGGUUCCUCAGAUGAAGGAGAAAUCAAUAGAAAAAUCAUCAAAUCUUAUGCUCUGGCUCGAGGUUGGUGAUGGUUCUACUGAACAGUCUCAGGGAGAAGUUGCUGAUCCAGAGCAGAACCCGUCGGGAACUACUGAUGAUACUAAGGAAUUCAUGGAGGUUGAUGAUGAGGGAGCGGAGAUUCAGCGAGAGCGUCAAUUUGACGAUUCUGAGGAUUUUGUCGAGGAUCGUGAUCAACGCAGGAAAACUCUUGAGAGCAAGAUUUUUUAUGAAGACGCUGCACACAGCUCUGAGCAUACUCUAGACUCCAAGUCAGUAGCAGAGAUGGAGAAAUCCGACACAAUGACGGGUCACGAGGCAGCCAAAACUCGACGAAUCUGGAAACUAAAGUUGCAUGAUCGCUGGCGUCUCUACAGGCUCUGGAUCAAACUGUACAAGGAGAAACAUGGGGCAGAACUGAGUGGGCUUCGGCAAAGAUACAUGGCGUUGUCCGAGGCGAUUGAAACUUUGAAAGCUCAGGAAGACCUCGAGAUCCUCCGCAAAGCUAAUGUGAUUGGUAUGACGACAACGGGCGCUGCAAGAUGUCGCAACGUACUUCAGCUUCUUGGGCCACUUGUUGUGGUAAUAGAAGAAGCUGCCGAGGUAUUGGAGGCGCACAUCAUCACAACCCUGACUGCAAAGUGUCAGCAUCUCAUUCUCAUCGGUGACCAUCAACAGUUGAAGCCCAACCCAACCGUUUAUCGCCUCGCGAAGCUGUUCAACUUAGACACCUCCUUGUUCGAGAGAAUGAUCAACAAUGGCAUGCCUUGCAAUUCGCUGUCGCUUCAACAUCGCAUGCGCCCCGAAAUAUCAGAGCUCAUGAAGAAGCAUUUCUAUAAGCGGCUGCAAGAUGAUGAAUCUGUACUGAAUAUGGGAAACAUUCCGGGAGUGCAGAACAACAUGUUUUUCUUAAACCAUCGACGGUUGGAAGAUGGCCUUGAUGACAAUAGAACCAGAUCUAAUCAGCAUGAAGCAGAAGUCCUGGUUGGUCUAUGCAAGUACCUGUUAGAUCAAGGUUACCAGCGCUCCCAGGUCACCAUACUGACGACUUACAAAGGUCAGAUGUUCUGUAUCAAGCGACUCAUGGAUAGAGCAACCUUUGACGGGGUUCGGGUGACUGUUGUAGACAAUUUUCAGGGUGAGGAGAACGAUAUUAUACUAUUGUCUCUGGUACGUAGUAACGAGGAAGGCUCCAUUGGGUUUCUGCGCACUUCUAACCGUGUCUGUGUGGCGCUUUCAAGGGCUCGAAUGGGUUUUUACUGCAUUGGAAAUUUUACUAUCUUGAAGAAAGCACCAGUUUGGCAUGACAUCAUUUCUACCAUGGAGGCUCAGAAUAAAAUUGACUGGUCAUUGCCAUUGGUGUGUCAGAAUCAUCCCAACAAAAUCUCACAAGUUACCACAGCCAAAGACUUUAAGGAGAAGGUCCCUUGUGGUGGGUGUGACAAGUCUUGUGAUUACAGUCUGCUAUGCGGCCAUGUUUGCCAUUUGUCUUGCCACCCGUAUGAUCCCAACCACUUGGAUUACAAAUGUCACAGACCUUGCAACAGAUACUGUGAACGAGGAGAGCAUAAAUGCUUGUUGGAAUGUUAUCAAAAGUGUAACCCCUGCCAAGAAAAGGUUCAGAAACUUAUGCCUGGGUGUGGACAUGGCAUUCAAGUUUCGUGUUGUCAGUUCGACACGGUAUCUUGCCCUGAGCCAUGCCCGAAGCUUUUUGCCAACUGUGGUCAUCCUUGUCGAAAGAAAUGUGGUGAACUCUGUUCUAUGACAUGUCCAGAAAAAUGUGAGAAGUCACUUGGGUGUGGCCAUCCAUGCUUGGGACUCUGUGGCCUACCGUGCGACACGUAUUGCAAGGUUCAGGUGGAGAGAACUUUGGAAAAGUGCGGUCACAAGGUUUUCAUGGACUGCAGCCAGAUUGAAAUCUCCUGUCCGAAACCAUGCCUUAGGCGCUUUGAAGGCUGUAAGCACCUUUGCCGAAAAAAAUGCGGUGACAGAUGUCCUGAGGUUUGUCCUGAAAAAUGUGAAAGGAAAUUGGCCUGCGGCCAUCCAUGCAAAGAGCUUUGUAGCGAAAUCUGCACACAGUAUUGUUUAGUCAAGAUCAAGAGAAUAUUACCGACAUGUGGACACGAAGUCGUCAUGGACUGCGACAAAGACCUGGACGAUAUUGAGUGCAAUGCACGUGUGAAGAAAGCACACCCAGUAUGCGGUCACUAUGUUGUCGUAGCCUGCUGUGAAGAUCCUGAGCAGGUACAGUGCAAGAUGUCUGUGAUUAAACGACGAAAGUGUGGUCAUCUGAAAGCAAUGUCCUGCUUCAUUGAUCCUGAUUCUAAAGAAUGCACUGAGAGGUGUGACAAAAUACUUUGUUGUGGCCAUCAGUGCCCAAAUAAAUGUGGGAAGCCAUGCACUGUGUCUGGAGAUACAAAUAGUAAGAUCACCUUCAAUCUUGAGAUGUUUGGAAUAAAACUUUGUGAGGUAGAUGUUGAGAAAACUUAUCCCUCAUGCAGUCACGUCGUCAAGCUACCUUGUCACAAAGAUGUGUCCCAGGUCCCCUGCACUAGUACAUGUGGGAAGUUGUUGGUUUGUGGUCAUAGGUGUCCUAAAAAAUGCUCUCAGCCUUGUCCCAGAGACAACCUGAGUAGCACGUUCAUGACACUUUAUGUCGAGCAUGGGAUGGGCUUUUCUUCAUUUUGCAGAGAAAAAUGCGGGAAAUUUUUGCCAUGCGGUCAUGCGUGUCCAAACAGAUGUGGCGAACCGUGCCCAAGCGUUGCAUUGGCAAAUAUAUCCUCAGUAAGGUUCUCGACGAAGUGUAAACAACUUGUCGAGAAGACGCUCCCUGGGUGUGGCCACACUGCUAAGGUUGAGUGCUUCAAGGAUGUUUCGUUACUAUCCUGUUCUGAAAUCUGUGGCAAGAAGUUAUCGUGUGGCCACGUCUGUCAGAAUAAAUGUGGAAUGCCUUGCAAGUGUUUUCGUAGCGUUCUGAAGAAGUUGCCCAAUUGCAGACAUUUCACUCAGCUUCCCUGCCAUCAAGACCCCAGUUCCUAUGAAUGCAAAGAGCAUUGUCAAAGGAAGCUUAUUUGUGGACAUCAAUGCCCCAAUAAAUGCAGUGAGCCCUGCCCUGGAGAAGAGGACAGUUUGACAGACGAGGAUGAGCCAGGAAGUUCGCUUGGCUUGUCAGGGACUCGAAUCCCAGCAAGAAGAUGCACUGAAAUCGUGAGAAAGGAGUUCAUCGAAUGUUACCACAGUGUCGACCUUCCCUGCUACAAAGAUAUUAGUACGGUGAGAUGCAAAGAAAGGUGUGAAGAGAUUCUUCCAUGCGGUCACCAAUGCCCCAACACUUGCAGUAAUUGCGUCGAAGAAGAUGCUUUCUCAAGUGAAGAUGAAGAGGCAAAGCACCGGCCACUCUAUACAAAGUGCAAAGUAAACGUCCAGAAGAUCUUGCCGUGCGGGCAUUCUCAAGAAGUGGCUUGCUGGUUACAGAACUCCACCAAACCAUGUUUGGUGUCAUGCACUGCCAUCUUAUCGUGCGGCCACACGUGUAGUGGUAAUUGUGAUGACUGCCACGAAGGCAGACAACACGUAACGUGUACUGGAAAGUGUAAGCGGCAGCUUCUUUGUGGUCACUCCUGUAGGGAUAUUUGUGGCAGAGAUUGUCCAUCAGACUGCAAAAGCUGUACAGACGAAUACAAAGUUAGGCCUUCUCUCUUGUGUAGACGCGAGUUGCGGGGCCGGGACCUGAAGACCUUCCCAUGUCCACACGGCAUCACAAACCGUCAGCUGAAAUCUAAGGCGUGCAUUCUUCGUUGUGCACAUAAACGCUCAUGCCGUCAUGAGUGUGUUGGCGUGUGUGGUGAGCCUUGUCCACCAUAUUGCAGCGUCUGUGACAAGUACUUGUAUAAAGAUAACCUUCUCAAUAAGCACAUACGUCAAAAAGAAACUUUCAUCUAUUUACCUGAUUGCGGCCAUCUCUGUGAGACUCGACUCUUGGAUAAGAUAGCAGCCUGUUUCCUUAAACCCGUAAAAAACGGAUGCUAUGAGAUUCGUUCCCUAGUUUGUCCCAAAUGCAAGGAACCCGUACUAAACUGCCCCCGUUACGACGACAUCCUUCACAUUAUCAAGAAAUCUGUGGAAGCAGCCAAAUUGAAGUGCGACCAAGCGAGGAAAGAUAGCCCCACCGGAAGAUUAUCCAGAGUAUAUCGAUCUUUGGGCAAUAAGAGUGCUACACCAACCUGGUCCUUUGCUGUCGGCAGAUGGCUGAGAUGCCCUCGGGGUCACGUGUUCUAUCUUGAGAAUGGCCAACAGGAAGGGUCAAAUGGACCAGUAUGUCCCGAAUGCUCCAAAGAGUAAACCGAUCAGGCCUACAGGCAUAUUACAGUUAUCAUAAUAGCAACAUCAGUAGAAGUGUUGAUGCCAUAACUCAGUUCAGAAUCCCAGCUUUCCAGAACUACAACUGGUCCUUUUUGCUGAUACAAGUUGGUUUGUUCUUGAUAUAAAUUCUUGCAAGUUAAACCUGCGAUUAAAAACUGAAAGAUUUUAGUAGUAUGCAUAGAUAAGGCCUGUAUAUAUACGUAAAAAAAAGAGUAUAACAUUUGAAAUUUAAUUGCUCUUCCUAUUUGGAAAAAAAAAGAAAGCGCGCUAAGAAUUUUGGAAAGUAUGAUAAAACAACCCUAGCACCCACGAAGACAAAUAAUUAUGUAGUUUUGUACGAAGUACUUUUGAGAUUAGAGAAUUACGUAGAGUGAUGUUAUAAGAUGCACAAAUCCCGUAAAAAGAGCAAAAAUUACCGAUUGACUUUAAACAGAUAAGAGAGUCGUGGAAUAAUUACGAAGAAUGUAUGACACGUAUCCAUUAUAGGCCGACUCAUUCAGCCCAAUCAAUGGCUUUCUAACCAAAAUACAGUCGUGAUCUAUCUCCUAACACAAAAGAUCCUGAUGUAAUCUGUAUCACAGAAUCUCACCAAAGUAUGGAAAUUCGUUCUAGUGAACUUUUUCCUGAUAAUUAUACGGUCAUUAGAAAGGACAGAAAUAGAUACGGUGGUGGCGUUUUGGAAAAAUAGUUUACCCAUCCACCACCGCCCAGACCUAGAUACUGAUUGUGAAGUUUUGUGGUGUGAAGUGGUCUGUAAGAAUACCCCCACGAUAAUCGGUGUUUACUACAGACCACCUGAGACUGAUUUAUUUUCAAUCACUGAAUGAAACAAAUCCCUGAUGACACUAAGUAAGAAUGGGGUGAAGCAGAGAGGCAUUAUUCUAGCUGGUGAUUUUAACAUGCCUAAAAUUCGAUGGGAUGAAGGUGUCACGAAGUGAGAUUAAGUUGUUCAAGAGAAAUAACUCUAGAGUCUGUUUACGCAUGGGAGCCAAACAUAUAAGAUAACUUGAGUGUGCGUUGACAGAAACAAAUUGUUGAUUUUAUUUAAAUUAGAUAGUUUCGCGGGGAGAACAGACAAACCCCAUUGGAUAGCGCGACUCUUGCUUGAGUAAGUCCUUUCUUAUGAGGUCACCAGGGUCACACAACAAAAGGAUUGAGGGUGUCCCAGGUAGAAAUUUGGCGGAGUUUUAAACAAUUUUCGGGGUGUAAAGAAGGGGACUUGCGUCGGAGAGUCCGAGGAGAGGGCACGUCUUUCCAGCCUCGAUGAUUUUGCUGUAAUUGAGUUUGAAACUGCGAGAAUCCAGCCAGUUGCGCUGAAGAACUUAAUGAUUGGAAGCUAGUGUAUCGGUGAAGAUGCGUUCCGACCGAUACGCAAGGCCAAAAAAAAAAAAAAUACUUGAGACGCAAGAUUUCCCAGAACCAGGUGUCUACGCAACCUGUAAGUUUAUUUUGAAAUAGAGUAAAUUUUGCAGUUACACGUAUUUACAUUAACCCUAACAGUCCUCAAUCCUCCAACAGGUGAAGGAUUUAGGACUGUUAGGGUUAAGAUAAGUGUUUACUGGAGUAACGAAAAUGUAUUAUAGAGCUUGGAUUUAUGGUUGCAUUGAUCACUUUUAAAGAUUAGCUGUGUCAAGAUAUGGAGUGGUCAUUAUUUUGUAAAUAGUUUUGAUAAUGGUUGCCACUACUAUAGUAAUAUCCUGUAUAAUUACACCUUUCGACGUGGUCGAACAUUUGUGACAGGAGGUUACCCAAUGAAGUUCAGUAACAAUGAACUUAUUCAUAAAUUUGUGUCCAUUGUAGAGCAAUUUAAUCUAUUCCAGCACGUUAAUGAGCCAACCAGGGUUGCUGACACAAGUAAAAACAUACUUGACCUCCUACUCACAUCAUGUCCUGGAAAUAUUACUGAUGUCCAUGUAAUCCCAGGAGUAAGCGACCACGACGCCAUUAUAUGGGCUGUGCAGUGCGCUCCUAGAGGUGUGAGAAGAGAAAACAGAAAAAUCUAUCUAUAUUACAAAACAAAUUUUGAGGAUUUUGAGCCGCUGAUAUCCUUGCGCCCUCCCUAGUAAAGUUAUUCAACUCUUCUUUGGAAUUUGGUGUUAUUCCGUUAGACUGGCGACAAGCAAAUGUUGUUCCCCUACAUAAAAAGGGUAAGAAGGAUUACGCCUG